UCCUCUUGAGUUCGGGAGCAGACAGUGCAUUUCAGCCUUUUUACAAUUAAUGUGUGUGGAUUAUAAAGCACUAAUUUUUGUGAAUUAAUAAAAAUGUCCGAUACGCCAAAACUCUACGCAGUAGUCGAAUUCGACGAAAUACUUGACGGUAAAAAAGUGGUAGAAUUAGUUCCGAUUUCUUGGUUAACCUCUGACGAAACGUUAUGUUUUUGGCCGCUUAAAAACCUAGAAUACAAGUUGAGGGAAUUAGUUGAGAUUCAAGCUGAUCCUGAUGACACAUGGAAUACAUAUCCAAUCGAGAUUAUCACUAAAGAAAAAGAUUACGAUCAAGGCAACCGAAGAUUAAAAAAGUCUUUCAAAAAAAGAAAUGUUGAUAGUUCUGAAAGUGAGUCACAAGCAAGUUGAGAUGAUCAGAUAGUGAUCAUGAAAUCUUCAAGGGUCGCUAAGGCUUUAGCUAAUCCAAUGCCACUGAUGCGUGAUCGAUCCAUUGAGGAUAUUAUAGAAGAAUCAUUCGCGGAGGAUGCUACCACUAAUAAUACUGAGUCAUUUUCUCGAAAAGACAAGACAAUAUCAGAAUCGCUGCCAACGAAUCGACAAGACAUUGUGGAUUUCAAUGGUGUAGCGAAUUUUCUGGAAGGUGUGGUUCAGAAAGAAUUUAAAAAAAUGAGACAAAGUCUUGAGCUAUCUAUGACAGAUAAAUUCAAACAACUAUUGAAAACCAUUCAAUACUCGGCUGAACCACCUGCGAAACAAAAAGCCUGGCAAGACCUGGGCAACACUUUGCCAUUUGAUUCUCUCGAAAAAUUCUUAGCUUUCGAAGAAUCUUUAACAAAGGAUAAGCAGAAGAAAAAUUCUCUGAUUUAUGUCUUUCAAAUGAUAACGGCUGGGUCCACUGAUUGUGAGAACGAUGUCAAUCAAAUAAUGUGAAAGCUGAUAAAAAAAAAUGUUCUGCUACUGUACAGCGGGUGCGGUAAAAGAAUCAAGGGUGUUGGCAAAAAAAGUUUUAAAGACACAGAGUCUUUCAAAAUCAUGGAAGAAUUUCUCCGGGCUAAAUACCAUGCUUACCAAGGAAAACUGGAGAUAAUCAGUUGGGUGAGUCGGUUUUUAUCAGGUGCCAAAGACAGAGAAGGCGGCCAAGCUCACCGUGAAAA